GCCACGUUUUUGCGCGUGCGCAGUGUCCUCACGAUUGUGUUCCGGGGUUGGCCAGUGUACACAUAGUUAAAAGUCAUAUGUGUAUUUUCCUUGAUUCCGUUUUUAUGUUAUUUUUCAUACGGGCCACAGCGACAGGCAUAAGGCUUUCCUUUUCUGAAUAAAGUGACGUUUCAAAUACUCCACAGAGAAGACGUCUAUUAGGAUGAACUUCAUCAGAGGAGUGAUGGGAGGGCAGGCUCCCGGGCCGCAGCCGUCAGGAGCGGAGACGAUCCAAAAGUUGUGUGACCGAGUGGCCUCUUCGACGCUCCUUGAGGACCGCAGAGAUGCUGUCCGGGCUCUUAAAUCCCUCUCAAAGAAAUACCGUAUGGAAGUGGGCACACAAGCGAUGGAUCACUUGAUUAACAUACUCCAGACUGACAGAUCGGAUUCUGAAAUCCUCGGAUAUGCUUUAGACACACUUUACAACAUCAUCUGCAACGAUGAGGAGGAAGAACAAGAUGAGAAUGCCCAGAAGCAGUCAGAUGACCUUGGUGCACAAUUUACAGAGAAGUUCAUCCAGGAUUCUGAGCAUAUAACCCUGCUCCUCACCCUGCUGGAGGAGUUUGACUUCCACGUCCGCUGGCCCGGGGUUAAGUUGCUGACUGCUCUCCUGAAGAACCAGGGUGUCCAGGUGCAGGGGAUCAUUCUUGUCAGCCCGAUGGGGGUUUCCAGAUUGAUGGACCUGUUAGCAGACUCCAGAGAAGUAAUACGCAAUGAUGGCUUGCUGUUGCUUCAGCAGCUAACCAAAGGCAAUGCAGCCAUUCAGAAAAUUGUGGCAUUUGAGAAUGCAUUUGAACGACUCCUGGAUAUCAUCACAGAGGAGGGCAGCAGCGAUGGAGGUAUUGUGGUGGAGGACUGUUUGCUGCUGCUUCUCAACUUGUUAAAGAACAACAGCUCCAAUCAGAACUUCUUCAAAGAGGGCUCUUACAUUCAGAGGAUGAAGCCCUGGUUUGAGGUUGGCGAUGACAACUCGGGCUGGUCAGCACAGAAGGUCACAAACCUUCACCUGAUGCUUCAGCUGGUGCGAGUGAUGGUGUCACCGGUGAACUCACCCGGAACCACAACCAGCUGUCAGAAGUGCAUGUACCAGUGUGGCCUGUUGCAGCAGCUGUGCACCAUCCUCAUGGCCACCGGUGUGCCAGCGGACAUCCUCACCGAGACUAUAAAUACAGUUUCAGAGGUCAUCAGGGGGUCACAGGUCAAUCAGGACUAUUUUGCUUCUGUCAACGCCCCUUCAAACCCACCGAGACCGGCCAUCGUGGUGCUGCUCAUGUCUAUGGUCAAUGAGAGGCAGCCGUUCGUGCUUCGCUGUGCUGUCCUUUACUGUUUCCAGUGUUUCCUCUACAAAAACCAGAAGGGCCAGGGGGAGAUAGUGGCUACUCUGCUGCCCUCCACCAUUGAUGCCAAUUCCAUCUCAGCAGGGCAGCUGCUGUGUGGCGGCCUGUUCUCUGCCGACUCUCUUUCCAACUGGUGUGCUGCCGUGGCCUUGGCUCACGCCCUUCAGGACAACCUGACCCAGAAAGAGCAGCUGCUGAGGGUGCAGCUGGCCACCAGCCUGGGCAAACCCCCCGUCUCCCUGCUGCAGCAGUGCACCAACAUCCUGUCCCAGGGUGAUAAGAUCGUCCGGCGGGGCAGUAAAGUACAGACCAGGGUGGGCCUCCUCAUGCUGCUGUGUACGUGGAUCAGCAACUGUCCCAUCGCUGUCACGCACUUCCUUCACAACCAGGAUAAUGUUCCCUUUCUGACCGCUCAGAUCUCGGAGAACCUGGGGGAAGAUGAAAGACUGGUGCAGGGUCUUUGCGCGCUGCUGCUCGGCAUCUGCAUCUACUAUAACGACAACUCGCUGGAAAACUACACCAAAGAGAAACUAAAGCAGCUGAUUGAGAAACGCAUCGGAAAAGAGAACUUUGUGGAAAAGCUUGGCUUCAUCACCAAACAUGAGCUGUAUUCGCGGGCGGCCCUGAAGCCCCAGCCUGUCUUCCCGUCCCCGGAGCAGAUGCUUUUCGACCACGAGUUCACCAAGCUGGUCAAAGAGCUGGAGGGUCAGCACAGGCUCUGUGAUGGUGUGAUAACUAAGGCAGUUCACAAGUCCAGUGAGGAGGACAAGAAGGAGGAGGAGGUGAAGAAGACUUUAGAGCAGCAUGACAACAUUGUAACUCAGUACAAAGAGCUGAUCAGAGAACAGGAUGCUCAGAUCCAGGAGCUGAAAGAGCAGGUAGCAUCUAUGAGCUCUCAGAAUGAACAGAUGCAGACUACCAUCACCCAGCAGCUGUCCCAGAUCCAGCAGCACAAGGACCAAUACAACAUCCUCAAACUGAAGCUAGGGAAGGAGAACCAGACUCAGUCCAACAGCCAGGGAGAUGGCUCUCAGGUCAACGGUCUGCAGACUGAGGAGCUUUCCCAGCUCCGAGAAGAGCUGGAGGAGCUCCGCAGGCAACACACGCUUCUUCAGACACAAGUCGGUGAAAAAGACGUGCUCAUCAACACCCUGAGGUCAUCACCACAGAUGGCAGAGGGUCCAUCAGCAGGAUCAGACAACACAGAGCUGCUCCAGGAACUGGAGGUUUUAAAGAGUCAGGUUCAGUCCCAGUCAUCGGAAAUCAGCCAGCUUAAGGCUGAGCGACAGGAGCUUCUCAAAAGAGCCGAAGCCAGGUCUGCUGACACAGUUCCCACCAGCGACAGCUCGUCAGAUGCCAGUAAGAUGGCCGAUCUUGAGAGCAGACUAACUGCACAGACAUCCGAAAAGGAGAAACUGGAGGAGAGCCGAGCACAGCUGGAGCAGCAGCUGGAUUCAGCCAAGAGCACGGUUGCCAUCCUGCAGACGGAGAAGGAAAAGCUACAGACUGAGGUCCAAGAGUCCAAGAAGGAGCAGGACGACCUGCUCAUGCUGCUGGCAGAUCAGGACCAGAAGAUCCACAGCCUCAAAAAGAGACUCAAAGACCUGGGACAGACGGUGGAGGAUGAGGAUGACCUCGAUGCCAGGGACCAGACGUCCGACGAUGACGACGAGGAUGAAGAUGAGGGCUAGAGAAGAAACGCUUGGAAAGAAGACGGAGAGAUGUGACUUUGUCUGCCAGGAGGCGAGAAAAGACUCUGCAGGAACACACCUGAGAACCUGAAAAAGAGGACAGAUCAUAAGUCAAAGCUGUUUCUCCUCCCAGCUGCCGCGUGUCUUCAUUUUGCUUUAGCCCGUCACAUCACAUGUGCACGUUUAGUUUUUGAGCCGUUUUUUUUUUUUUUUUCCUUGUUCAGGUUCCACUUUUCAGUUUUUCCCCCCUUUCAGCAACAGCUAAGAGGUUCCACCUCGUCUGCACAUUCAUCUCUGCCAUGUUCCCUGUCAGAUUGUGAUGGAUUUUACCAGUCCUGUGUUCAUUGUGGUGUGUUGUCAUAUAGUUUGUAAUUAAAGAAAAAAGUAAAAUUGGCUCUUUUUAACACCCAAGUCAUCUGGAGAAUGUUGAGGAGGGACCGUAAAAAGUAGCGGGAAUCCGCUCUGAUCAGAGACGAGGACGUCGACGUGCUUUUUUUCCCGUUAGACGCCCCUGCAGACUGUGCUGCACGCUGGAUGUGUCUGUCCUCACUCACCCUGAGGCCAGCAGCACGGUAUCUAACACUCAGUUGUUCCAUUUCACCCUUCUGGUUCAACCCGACAGCUCUACAAUAUGCUGCAAAAAUGCUGAUGGAAAAGAUGUAAAGACAAAAAAAAAAGACCUAUUUUUGCAACUUUUUGUCCAGUACUGGCAUCCUGCUUCUGUAUGAUACUGUGUAACUUAUCAAUUUAAGAGCCACCUUGAAAUGAAUAAUCUAUCUGUAUGACAUGUGGAGGAAUAAUUGUAGAUAAAUUAAAUUUUACUAAAUCAAUCGAGACGUUCCAGAAUGUUCCUUCUGUUCAGAUUAAAGAUGCUUUGUUUAAAUGUUCAUAUUUCCACUACAGUUCCCAUGAUGUGUCGCCUCAGUUCAGUCACCUCAAAUAA